CACCCAGCUCGCCCUUGGCACCUGUGCCUGAUGCUGACCAGCUCGUCCACCCUCCAGGUCCUGCGCCCGACUCGCCCCCAGCCCUUGUGCCUGAUGCCAGCCAGCUUGCCCACUCUUCAGUACCUUUGCCCAGCUCGCCCCUGGCCCCUGCACUUGACGCCGACCAGCUCGCCCCCCCUCUGGCUCCUGCACCCAGCUCACCUCUGACUCCUGCACCUGAUGCCGACCAGCUCGCCCAUCCUCUGGCUCCUGCACCCAGCUCACCUCUGACUCCUGCACCUGAUGCCGACCAGCUCGCCCCCCCUCUGGCUCCUGCACCCAGCUCACCUCUGGCUCCUUCACCCAGCUCACCUCUGGCUCCUGCACCUGACGCCGACCAGCUCGCCCAUCCUCUGACUCCUGCACCCAGCUCGCCUCUGACUCCUGCACCAGAUGCUGAUCAGCUCGCCCCCCCUCUGGCUCCUGGCUCACCCCUGGUUCCUGUGCCUGAUGCCACCAAGCCUCCAGCUUCUGCACCUGGCUCGCCCCUGGCACUUCUGGCUGAUGCCUACCAGCUUCUCCAGUCUCAGUCCCUUGUGCCUGACUCCAACCACCCUUCAGCCCCUGCACCUGAUAUUGACCAGCCUCUGCCUCCUGUAUCUAACUCCACUCCACCUCUAAACUGUGUAUCAGAUUCUAGUCAAUUACUGGCCACUGCCCCCAAUUCCAGCUGCCCUGCCCAGGCUCCAGCCUCUGUGCCUGAUGCUGACAGCCUUGCUCACGCUCUGGUCCCUGCCCCUGCUGUGGAAGAUGGAGAAGAGAACCCCCUCCUAAUGCAGAUGACCCACGAGGGAGUGUCUGGUGCCCAGUGGGAUCCUGUCAUCUCACCUACACUGGAUGAGGUGGACACUAGUGACUCAGGGGCCACUUCAUUGGCCGAGAGCUCAGAUUUUCCCACUUUGGAGAAUGAGGCACCCAUGGGCCACUCUGACAGAAGCCCUAAAGCAAUGGGUCAGCACCUGGCUACACACUGUGGAAAGUCCACACCUGACUACACCUCCAGGCCCUCCCUGGGAGGGUGGGGAACAUCCACAGACUCUCAGAAUAGAAAUUCAGCACAGCCACCCCCACUACUAGCUUUCUCCAACCCAAUCCACUUCCUGCAGUUCAGCCCUCCAUCGCCACCAGCCAUCAGAACACUAUACCAACAGGAUGCAGUCUUCGAUGAGCCCCAGUGGGACCAGGCACAGGCAGGCCCCACCAGCGUGGAUACGAGGAACACAACAGCCCCUGCAGUGAUUAUCGAGAAAGCAGAGGGCGCUAGGACAUGCAAGCAAAAGAUGGAAGGGCAGGGAGAACCGCUUCACCUUGCGGCCCAGGUGAAAGAGGUGGCCGUCAAACAUGCACUCUUGGAGAAGUCAUCAAGUUGGCCAGAUAAAAAAGUCAUCAGGGUGGACAUGAAGGAGCUGGGACUCAAUUCAGGGAGUCAGGAGAACGUGAUCAAACACCGAGCAAAAAGCAAAGACUGGCACCGGCAGGGCCUGAGGAAGAUGUCAGUACUGUCAGACAGCUUACAAGAGGAGGGAGCACACAAGGACCAGCCAACCAGCUUAGACACAGUUAUACGUCGGGAGAAGAAAUCUGCAGACACACUGGAUAAUUUCAAGCGCCGACACUCCAAACUGAUCAACUCCUCAAGGUUACUCUAUCAGGAAUACAGCGAUGUGGCUCUGAACAAAGCAAUCCAGAGCCAGAAGAGAGCAGAUUCUUUGGCAGAGGACUUCGAACUGAGCUCUCCAAGCUCCCCAAGGUUACGGAGGAAAGUGCUGUCUUCGCAGGACUCGUAUCUUCAACGUCUGUCAGUCUCAUCCAAUCCGUCCCUCUGGCAGGACAUCCCCAUGAUCCGAGGAAGCAGAAUGCUGCUGAACAUGUCCCGAGAUGAUCAGAAACUGCAGGAGGCCAAGUUCGAGUUGAUCCUGUCAGAGGCCUCAUACUUGCGCAGUUUAAAUGUGGCAGUGGAUCACUUCCAGCGCUCAUCAGAACUCCAGGCACUCCUCACCAAGCAGGAGCGCAAGUGGCUUUUCUCCCGCCUGCAGGAAGUGCGUGAUGUCAGUGCCAGUUUCCUCUUCGAGCUGGAGGAGAAGUUUGAGGAGAACAUGUUCAACUUUAACGUGUGUGACGUGGCUCUGAGACAUGCCCCUGCAUUCCGCAAGGUGUAUCUACCAUACGUGACAAAUCAGACCUACCAAGAGCAGAUUUUCCAGAGGCUAAUGCACAGAAAUGCAAAGUUCCAGCAAGUCCUGGAGAAACUGGAAAGUGCCAGUGUGUGCCAGCGCCUCUCCCUCAAAUCCUUCCUCAUUCUCCCCUUCCAACGCAUCACCCGACUCAAACUCCUCCUACAGAAUAUAUUGAAGAGAACCCCGCCCGAGUCGGAUGAAGAAGUGCAGGCCACACAGGCUUAUGAUGCACUGGAGAAGCUCAUAAAGGACUGCAACGAAAAUGUCCAGCGCAUGAAGAGCACUGAGGAGUUGAUCUACCUAAGACAAAAGAUUGAUUUUGAGUGCAAGAUAUUCCCACUGGUCUCGCAGUCUAGGCGGCUGGUGAAGUGUGGUGAGCUGAUGACGUUGGACGACAACACUCUGAGCCCCAAGUGGAAACUCACCACCCGCCACAUCUACCUGCACCUCUUCAAUGACUGCCUGCUCCUGUCCCGGCCCAGGGAGGGUGGGCGCUUUGUCGUGUUUGAUCAUGCUGCAUUUUCAGAUGUACGUGGGGAGAAGUGUGAGAUGAAGCUGCACGGGACAAACAAAAAUCUUUUCCGCCUUUUUCUCCUUAAGAACAACCAAGGGAAAAGCGUGCAAUUCCUCUUUCGUACAGAGACACACAGUGAGAAGCUGCGGUGGAUCUCCGCUCUGGCGCCACCACGAGGAGAACCAGAUCUCUUAGAAAACCCUGACUCACCUCAGGUUCAGUGCAUACGGACAUACAAAGCUCGGGAGAAUGACGAGCUGGAUCUGGAGAAAGCAGAUAUCAUCAUGGUCAUGCAGAACAGCAACGACGGCUGGAUGGAAGGAGUGAAACUCUCAGAUGGAGAGAGAGGCUGGUUUCCCUCAGAGCAUGUGGAAAUAAUCUCCAGCAAACACGCACGCCAGAUGAACCUGAAGGAGGAACAGCGUGUGAAGAAUGCCAAACAGCAGGUCUUCUGCAAGAAAUAGGAUUCUCCACUUCCUGUUGCAAACUGUACAGUCUCUCUGGUAUGGAGAAACCUGACUUAAGAAAUCCUCUCUCUACCACAUUCUGGAAGAAACAACUCUGCAGAAAUAAAAAACGAGCACUUAAUACUGUCAAACAAAGUGCUUCUACUAAAGAAAGCAGGAAUUCAGCCAGGAGUAAAUAUAUUCACUUCUACUGCCUCUGUAGUCAUGGUGAGACCAAGGAAGGAAAAGAAGCUGCAUAUAUUGCUUGCUUUGUAGUAGUAGGGAGGGAAUAUAAGAGAGCAGAGGACUGGGACUCAGGACUUUUGGAAAUCUGUGCCUGAUUUUGCCACUGACAAGAUGUGUGACCCUGGGCAAGUCACUUCAGAACUCUGCCUCAGUUUCCCAAUCUGUAAAACGGGGAUAAUACUUACCUACCUCACGGGAUGUUGUGAGGCUAAAUUCAUUCAUAUUUGUAAAGCGCUUUGAGUUCCUGAGAAGAAAGGCACUAUAGUCAUGUAAAGCACACUGUAGUUAAGGUUGAGAAGAGCUUUUCAUUUCAACCUCUUCUUAGGGUUCUUUAAGUGGUUUUAAUUUCCACAUAUUUUCAUUUAAGAUAAUAUAUAAUGGACCAAAUUUUCUGUUGAUGUAAGUGGGUACAAUUCCAGUAACUUCAAAGGCGUUCCGCACUUUUAUACCAGCUCAGUUUAACCCAGAGUCUCAGCAAAAGAUAAGGUUUAGAUAGUAUGAGAAAAAUCCAUUAGAGUUAGGUAAGCAUGGGGAAAGAAAUUUUUCCCUCUAAAAUGUUUUUCAGACCUUCUUUUGGAAAAUUUUUCAAAAACGAUUAGUGAUUUUUGGGCGCUCAACCUGAGAUACUUUGAAGGAGCCUGAGUUUCAGGAAGUUCUGGUCACCUGCCUUUGGAAAACAGUGUCCCAUAAUCACGAGUCACUUUUGAAACUCUUGACCAAGGUUAUGUUUUACAUGUUGGCAUAUGCUCUGUAUUUAAAUUUAGUUGUUCUUGAAUGGCAGGAAAGUGGAACUGCACUGCGUAUGCCUAAUCUAUUAUAGCAGAUGUGAUGCAACACGCAACAUUUUGCACAAUUAUAAAACAUAAGGAAAUCUAUAAACUAUAGAUAUUUUUAAGCAAAACAUGUAACUGCAGUUUGUUAAGGUUCCAUUUCUGUGCAAAGUCAUCAGGUUUUAAGUGCAGCUUAUGUGCAGAAUCUAUCCACUGGAGAACACUGCUUCAAACUGUAAAAUAUUUUUUCUUCUGUAUUAAACAAAGGAGGAUUUUUGCCUGUAAUUAUGCUAAGACAACAUCAAGGUUGAGAAUUUAAACACAGCAAAGUACGAAAGCAACACAUGUAACCUUCUUGCUUCUAACGUAUUUGAAGAAUUAUUGACCUUUGUAUCUCUGGAUCUUUGUAAUAUCCUUUUGAUUUCCCUGGCAUAGUUUGUUCCAGCCUAUUUAUGCCAGUCAUUUGAACUGGAUUUACAUUUUUUUUAACCUAAUAAACUUAUGCACUUCUCCAGUUAGGAUA